AUGGGCUCCUCCGCCGCCGCCGCCGCCGCCGCCGUCGCCUUCUUAUUACUCCUCUUUCUCUCGCCCGCACUCUCCGGCCCGGUCUCGUUCCUCCCCAUCUCCCCUAACUUCACCGCCUCCUACCUCCUCUUCGUCAACACCUCCGGCGCCUUCCUGGCCUCACCAAACAGCACCUUCCAGGCCCGAAUAACCACCCCCAAGCCCGAAUCCAAAUCCUUCCACUUCCUCGUCUCCCACGUUCCCUCCAACACCAUCGUCUGGUCCGCCAACCGCAACCACCCCGUUUCCAGCUCCUCCGAGCUCCGUCUCACAUCAGACGGCCUCGCUCUGUUCGACGAUGCCGGCCGUCCCGUUUGGUCGGCGUCCCUUAAUGUUUCUUCGUCUGUUUCUUCGAUGCAGCUUCUGGAAUCGGGUAACUUAGUCUUGCUUGACCACGCCAACGACACCGUGUGGCAGAGUUUCGAUUUCCCGGCCGACGUGCUCGUGCCCGGACAAAAACUGCCCGUUGGAAUAAAUUUGACGUCCUCCGCAGGGGAUGGGGACCUAUCGGAGGGAAACUACAGAUUCGCUGUCGAAUACAACGACGCCGUGCUGACGUGGAACGAGAUGAGGUACUGGGAACUGUCGAUGGAUGGGAGCGCUUUCCGGGACACUGAUUUCGCGGCCGGGCACUUGGAGAUGAACUCUACCGGGCUGUUCUUGAUGGGGGAAAAUGGGGUAGAGGUCGUGAUCAAAGUGAUCAUUGGUAGCUCGACAUCCGGAAAUUCUUCAUAUUUUCAGAUCGUGAGGCUAGAUCCCGAUGGCGUGUUGAGAAUCCUGAGCUUCGGUGGGGACGAAUCGAAUACUCAACUGUUUUCCGGCCCGAACAAUAGGUGCCAGGUCCCGUUCAUAUGCGGGAGGCUCGGUGUUUGUACUGGUAAUGGAGGUUCAUGCCAGUGUGCUCCAGCCUUUCACACGGACCCGAAUACAAAUACGGGAGAUUGUGUGCCGUCAGAUGCUUCUCUGGCCCUUUUGCCAUCAGGUUCCUGCAACGGCUCAUUCUCAUCAUCAUCGUCCAGUGGUGUGCCUAUUAAGUAUUUGAAUUUAACGAGUGAUUUGGAUUAUUUUGCCAAUUAUUUUACGGAUUUCGUGACACACAACACGAAUCUUUCGGCAUGCCAGAGUCUCUGUUCGGGCAAUUGCUCCUGCCGGGGCGUGUUCUACAGCCCCGGCUCCCGUUCGUGUUACUUGAUCCGAAACUAUUUCGGUUCUCUGCUCACAAAAUCGAGCCCGACCGAUCGUGUGGGGUACGUCAAGACUGAAGUUGUUGGAAUCACACAUGGGUAUUCCACAAACCACAGAAAAUCGGGUUCCUCGAUUUUGCCGGCGGUCUUGCUGCCGUCAUUCGGUGUUGUGUUAGUUGCCCUGAUUGCAGCCCUCAUUUGUUCCAAGAGAAAAAGACUGAGCUGGGAAAAGUUCCGAAAUUCAAAACGCGAGUCCCAUCCAUUGGCCGAUGAAGAGGAGAUGGAUCUUGUGUCCAUCCCGGGCCUGCCAGUCCGGUUCGACUACCAAGAGAUCGUUGAGGCAACCAGAGGGUUUUCCACCCAAAUAGGGUCGGGUGGAUUCGGCACAGUAUACAAAGGGAUUCUCAAAGAAGGAACAGAGGUAGCAGUAAAAAAGAUCACUUGCUUGGGCGCCCAAGGGAAGAGGGAAUUCUUAACCGAGAUUGCCGUCAUUGGAAAAAUCCACCACGUCAAUCUGGUUAGACUGAAAGGAUUCUGCGCGAGCAGAGGGCAGAGAUUCUUGGUGUACGAGUACAUGAAUCGGGGGUCGUUGGACCAGCCCCUGUUCCGUGAUGACGUGAACACGCUCGAGUGGAAGGAGAGGGUCGAGAUCGCGGUUGGGACCGCUAGGGGGCUCGCGUACCUCCACUCGGGCUGCGAGCACAAGAUAAUCCACUGCGACAUCAAGCCCGAGAACAUCCUCCUCCACGACCACGGCGUGAAGAUCUCCGACUUUGGGCUCUCGAAGCUGCUGGGCCCAGAGCAAUCAGCCCUCUUCACAACCAUGAGGGGGACGCGGGGCUACCUUGCCCCAGAGUGGCUGACGAGCGCAUCCAUCUCGGAUCGUACGGACGUUUACAGCUACGGGAUGCUGCUGCUCGAGAUUGUGAGGGGGAAGAAAAACUCGUGCCCUCACAACGACAUUCGAAACAACAGAAUGGUAUAUUUCCCGCUGUUUGCAUUGGAAAUGCACGAGGAUGGGAGGUAUCUGGAGGUUUUGGACCCGAGGCUAGCUGGGCAGGUGGCGGCAGAGGAGGCUGAGAGAUUGGUGCGAGUGGCGCUGUGCUGCGUGCAUGAGGAGCCGAAUAUGAGGCCGUCGAUGAAGAAUGUUGUGGGCAUGUUGGAAGGAGGGGUGCCAUUGGGGGAGCCCAGGGCAGAGUCGUUGAGUUUCUUGAGGUUUUAUGGACGGAGGUUUACGGAGGAGUCAACUUUGGGGGGACGUGGGAAUGAGUUGAUGAUGAUGCAUGGGCGGACGGCCAGCGGUAGUGCUGCCACCUCAUAUAAUAAUACGCUCUCCUACAUGUCAUCACAGGAUGUCUCGGGUCCGAGAUAG